UUAUACACGAAAUUUUAUUACGUUUAACAAGAUAUUGGAUUUCAGGACACACAGCGUUCCGUCACUGUGUGUAGGGACCUAUACAAAUAUUUGUGUGUGUUAGAUCUCUGCUGUGUGUCAUGCCUGAGCACAGUUUGAACUAGACCGAACGAAAGCAGAAGAAAUGGCUGCAAAUUUGGUAGGAAUGGCUUUCCUGCCCUACUACAGACACUUGAUGGAUUUGCUGGAAACAAAUCAAGAAAUUAAGAAAACCAGCAAAGGGAUAUUCAAGCAGAUGGCCUGGGCAGCUGGAGGCACAUGUGCAGGUGGUCUGGUAGCUGGACCCCCAGGAGCACUGAUUGGUGGAAUUGCUGGUUCUCUGAUUGGUUACAUGAAAUCGGAUGAAUACUCUUCAAUGCUGAAAAUUUUGCAAAAUCUAACAGACAAAGAAAAGGCUGAAUUAGUCCGUAAAGUUCAGGAAUUGGUGGGCAGCACAGCCCUUGAGUCUCUGACCAGCUUCAUAGGAACACAGGUGCAACGAGAGCUGCUGCUGAACUGUGUACGACAAUUUCUUGGGAAUAAAGGUGGAGGAUAGUGGAAUGUAACCUGUGAAACUCUCAUCAGUGCACUUGAAAAUAGGGUUACUGGAAGACAUUUUUCUUUAAAUAUUCAAAGGGAAAUCACAAGUUGUAGAUAAAAAAAAUGCAACUCUUGACACGUACUAAUACUUUGAUUAAUGUGGCAUAUUUUUUUAAAGUGUUUCUUACAAUUGCUAUGUUAAUUACACUUAAAAAUAAAACAAUGGGACCAUUUAAUUAAAUAGCAAUGGUUUAUAAUAUAAUUUAAUAUCUAUAUUUCUAAAAGUAGACCUUCUGAACAGAAUUUUUGCUCAUGAAGUAGUAAAGCAUGCAACCAUAUAUUAAUUUAAUUAAGGGCAUAUCAGGUCAGUAGCCUUGAACAUCUAGUACUAGUACCUUUAAAUAUUGAGUUAAGUACCAGAAUCCUUUAACUUUGAGUGCCAGUGCCUUUUAACAUUAAGUACUCACAAGAACAUUGAACAAAUUAUCAUAGCUUUUUAACCAGGUUUUCAGAAGAAAAAACUGGUUAUCAGAUUGGCGAAUGUCGGCGGACGGAACAAGCUUGUCCGGGUCAUAACUUUGUUGUUCAUUGUGAGAUUUUAAAAUUAUUUGGCACAUUUGUUAACCAUCAUUAGACGGUGUGUCGCGCGAAAGAAUUACGUCAAUAUCUUCAAGGUCAAGGUCACACUUUGAGUUCAAAGGUCAAAACUGGCCAUAAAUGAGCUUGUCCGGGCCAUAACUAUGUCAUUCAUUGUGAGAUUUUAAAAUCAUUUGGCACAUUUGUUCACCAUCAAUGGACAGUGUGUCGCACGAAAGAAUUACAUCAAUAUCUCCAAGGUCAAGGUCACCACGACUAAAAUUAGAUUUAUUUUGAACCAAGGGGGGUAUUUUGACUUGUCUCGCUUUAUCAGACUUUUUUUUCAAAUUGAAAACCUGGUUUUGUGACAAUUGCGUCCCUUGUAUAAUAAUAAGGGUGAAACUUUUGUGUAAUAUAGUAUCCAUUUAAGUUUGUUAUUUAUUUGCAUGACAACAUUGAUGACAUGUAUGUGUUACCACUACUCAAACAAUUGUUCAGUAAAUCAAGUAACUGCAGACCAUGCUCAGUAAAUCAAGUAACAGCAGACCAUGUUCAGUAAAUCAAGUAACUGCAGACCAUGCUCAGUAAAUCAAGUAACAGCAGACCAUGUUCAGUAAAUCAAGUAACUGCAGACCAUGUUCAGUAAAUCAAGUAACAGCAGACCAUGUUCAGUAAAUCAAGUAACUGCAGACCAUGUUCAGUAAAUCAAGUAACAGCAUACCAUAUUAAAACAAGUAACAGCAGAAUAUGCUAAAUCAAGUUACUGCAGACCAUGUUAAUUCAAGUAACUGCAGACCAUGUUGAAUCAAGUAACAGCAGACCGAGGUUAAAUCAAGUAACUGCAGACCAUGAUAAAUCAAGUAACAGCAGACCAUGUUAAAUCAAGUAACAGCAGAUCAUGUUAAAUCAAGUAACUGCUGACCAUGUUAAAUCAAGUAACUGCAGCCCAUGUUAAAUCAAGUAACUGCAGACAAUGUUAAAUCAAGUAACUGCAGACCAUGUUAAAUCAAGUAACUGCAGACCAUGUUAAAUCAAGUAACAGCAGACCAUGUUAGAUCAAGUAACAGCAGACCAUGUUAAAUCAAGUAACAGCAGACCAUGUUAAAUCAAGUAACUGCAGACCAUGUUAAAUCAAGUAACUGCAGACCAUGUUAAAUCAAGUAACUGCAGACCAUGUUAAAUCAAGUAACUGCAGACCAUGUUAAAUCAAGUAACUGCAGACCAUGUUAAAUCAAGUAACAGCAGACCAUGUUAAAUCGAGUAACUGCAGACCAUGUUAAAUCAUGUAACUGCAGACCAUGUUAAAUCAAGUAACUGCAGACCAUGUUAAAUCAAGUAACUGCAGACCAUGUUAAAUUAAGUAACUGCAGACCAUGUUAAAUCAAGUAACUGCAGACCAUGUUAAAUCAAGUAACUGCAGACCAUGUUAAAUCAAGUAACAGCAGACCAUGUUAAAUCAAGUAACUGCAGACCAUGUUCAGUAAAUCAAGUAACUGCAGACCAUGUUCAGUAAAUCAAAUAACUGCAGACCAUGUUAAAUCAAGUAAAUGCAGUAAAUCAAGUAACUGCAGACCAUGCUCAGUAAAUCAAGUAACUGCAGACCAUGUUAAAUCAAGUAACUGUAGACCAUGUUCAGUAAAUCAAGUAACUGCAGACCAUGUUAAAUCAAGUAACUGCAGACCAUGUUAAAUCGAGUAACUGCAGACCAUGUUAAAUCAAGUAACUGCAGACCAUGCUCAGUAAAUCAAGUAACUGCAGACCAUGUUUUUGACCUUUUCCCCAAGAUUUAUUGUAUGCUAAGCGGCAAAGAGCCGCAUUUGGCAAUUAGCUCGAUUUUAAAUUUGAUGUGUUUGUAAUUGUUUUCUACAUUGCUUCAGAGUUAAAAUGAGCACAAAAAGAAAAUAUUUGUAAAAUAAGUCACAGUGGAGCCAUUGUUUUUGAAACAAGCCAUUUGGUUGUCCCAGGGUUUAACUACCAUGGUUUUAGGCCGUCUGUAGCAUAAAUGUAAUCCAAUUGAAGGAAAUGCAUAUACAUGAAAUGCACGAAUACAACGUUUAGGAAAACAUGUUACACCGUGCCAUUCAAUAAACGCAAAAUAUUUAGCAACAGAAGUUUUAGCACAAUUGGACCCAAACUGUGGAAUAAUCUACCAAUGAGUCUGAAACAAAUCUCCUCGGUUGACUGUUUUAAAAGAAAUCUGAAAACGCACUUCUUUAAAGACUAUUUCUCAUUGUUUUAGCAAGUCUAUGAACUUUAAAAAUAGUGACAUUUGUGACAGUUUACUACACGAUUAAUAUGCAUCUGUAUUUUUAUUAUUAUUUGUUAUCUUAAUUGGUUUUAAGAUGUGAUAUGAAAAUUUCAGUUUUAUAUAAUUCUUAUAUUUUAAUUUGUUGAAUUUUAUUAUGUAUUUUUUUUUUGGUCGUGUGAGGUCAAAAAACUGGUUCAGGUUUAUAAAUAAACAUGGCUGCCAGAGAGCGAGGCAGUUUUCCUUAUAGCGUUAUAGUGAGAUCUUGUGAACACUCUGGAUGUCACAUUUUGAGUCAAAACUUUAUGAAACUUGCUCAAAACAUUUGCUUUAAAAACAGCUCGUUGUAGUUUGAAAAUGCUUGUGGUUCAUCAAAAACAUCGUUGCCGGGCAGUUUUCCUUAAUUGGCUGUACCUUGUGAACACUAGAAGUUAAUAUUUAGCCCAUCUUCAUUUAAUUAGGUCAAAACAUUUGUUCUAAUGAUAGAUCAGCCAAGUUACAAAAAUAUUCUGGUCUUGUUGAAAAACUCAGCGACCAAGGGGAUGGAGCGAGGCAGUUUUCUUUUUAAUGGUAUAGUGUUCUAGCCCUAUUCGGCACAUUUUUGUCCAAUCUUCAUAAAACUUCGUAGGAGCAAUGUCCGACCAAAUCUCAGCUAGGUUUAAACCUGGGUCAUGGUUGUGGUUUGUAGUAAGACAUUGCCACCAGGGGUUUGGUCAUUUUUCCUUAUAUGGCUUAAGUUAAAGGAUGUGAACUUUAUAGACGUCUAAUUUAUAGUCCAAUCUUCAUGAAACCUGAUCAAAACAUGUGUUCUUAUGAUUUCUUUGCAGAGUUAGAAAACUGCUCUGGUCUUGUUGAAAAACAUGGCUUAGAGAUGUGUGGGGCAGUUUACUUUAUAUGGCUAAAGUGUUAAAGCUCUAUUGGCCACAUUUAUUUCCAAUCUUCAUGAAACUUGGUCAAUCAUUUUCCUGAACAUAUUUUGGCUUGUUUGAAACUUGGUCACGUGUUAAAAAACUAUGUCACUUGAUCAAAUCUUGGAAAGCUUGACAUCACUCUAUACAUUGCAUUUGUUCAAAUGAUAUCUCAGCCAAAAUGUGCCUAGAUAUUAAAUAUUUAUUGUGCAUAUCUCGUGCAUAAAAAUGUGACAUUUGUUCAAUUGACAGUGGGGAAUUUGUUCAGGAUUGUGACAAGCAUUUAUUGACCUGAAUGUAUGUUCACGUGUACAAAAAAACGAAGGGCAGUCAAAUUUGUAUAGUUAGAAAAUUAUGGAUAAAAUUGCUUUAUACUUAUACUUGAAUUUGUUUAAAAUGCAUCAAUUACUAGGUUGUAAAGUUGUGUUGACAAAUCUUGCUGCUGAUUUUUUAUGCUUCGCAAUAACCUUGUUAUUGUGUAUGUGUGUAUAAUGUAUGUGCAUGUUACAAAAAAUAUUUUGAUAUUUUAAUCCAUAUAAACUAAUAAUUGUAAAAAAAUA